GUUAUUGGCGUAAAAUCAACAUUUCCUUUAGAAUUAAUUAUUAGGAAAAAUAUCGCGUCUUUCAAGCGUAGGAUCGAGAGGUUCCAAUAUAUUGUUCUGAAGGUUUUAACAGACGGACAACAUAGUGUUUUCAGAGCACACUGGAUGUCAGUUUUAAUAUGUUGCGGCAACUAACACAGCUGGCACUAUUGUGCAUGGCUGUACAAUCAGUUUACUCCGAAACAGAUACUAAUUAUAGACUUAAUACAACUAUCUCACCGUCAGCAUAUUCAAUACUCAUUACACCUUACUUUGAUACGGGUGAUGAUAAAGCGUUUACAUUUGAUGGGGAAGUAGAAAUAACGUUUACAACUACCACAAAUAUAAACACAAUCAAACUCCAUUCCGAGAAUUUAACCUAUACAUCCUCCAAUAUUACUUUGAUGAAUGGUGGAAAUACUGUCAACCUUUUGGAAACCAAUCCUCUGGAGUUUGAAGAUAAAUAUUCUUUCGCUCAUAUUAAUUUGGCAAGCGAGCUCACAUCUGGUGUGGAGUACAUUCUGAAAAUCGUAUACACUGGCACGAUAAGGGACGAUUUAGCUGGAUUCUACAAAAACUACUAUAUUGAAAAUGGCGUAAAGAAGUGGCUGGGUGCGACACAGUUGGAGUCAACAAGCGCUAGAAAAGUAUUCCCAAGUUUUGAUGAACCAGAGUAUAAGGCUGUGUUUACACUAACCAUCGACAGGCCUGCGAACUACAAGCCUUCUUUAGCGAAUACGAAGCUGCAAAGUAACUUAUCACUAUCAAAUGGCUACGUCAGAGAAACAUUUUACCCAACACCAAGAAUGUCAACCUACUUAGUUGCUUUCCUAGUAUCAGAGUUUGAAGCUGAACAUUACAGUAGGAAUGGUACGAAGGAAGUUGGAGUCUUUACAAGGCCAGAAGCCAAAAACCAAACAGAUUAUGCAUUUAACUUUGCUGAAAAAGUAGUUCAGGCGUUGGGUGACUAUUUUGGAAUCGACUAUUAUUCUACAAAUAGCAAUCUCAAACUAGAUCAUAUUGCAUUGGUAGACUUUAAAGCAGGCGCCAUGGAAAAUUGGGGACUUGUAACUUACAGAGAGUCUUUGUUGCUAUACGUCCCAGAGGAGUCUACUCCAUACUACAAAUAUAGAGUAGCUCAGAUCAUUGCUCACGAAACUACGCACAUGUGGUUCGGUAACCUGGUAACCUGCCACUGGUGGAGUAAUACGUGGUUGAACGAGGGCUUCGCUAAUUACUUCCAGAAUUAUAUCACUGCAAUGGUAUGUAUAAAUUUAGAUAGACAGAUACACGAAACUACGCACAUGUGGUUCGGUAACCUGGUAACCUGCCACUGGUGGAGUAAUACGUGGUUGAACAAGGGCUUCGCUAAUUACUUCCAGAAUUAUAUCACUGCAAUGGUAUGUAUAAAUUUAGAUAGACAGAUACACGAAACUACGCACAUGUGGUUCGGUAACCUGGUAACUUGCCACUGGUGGAGUAAUACGUGGUUGAACGAGGGCUUCGCUAAUUACUUCCAGGAUUAUAUCACUGCAAUGGUAUGUAUAAAUUUAGAUAGACAGAUACACGAAACUACGCACAUGUGGUUCGGUAACCUGGUAACCUGCCACUGGUGGAGUAACACGUGGUUGAACGAGGGCUUCGCUAAUUACUUCCAGGAUUAUAUCACUGCAAUGGUAUGUAUAAAUUUAGAUAGACAGAUACACGAAACUACGCACAUGUGGUUCGGUAACCUGGUAACCUGCCACUGGUGGAGUAACACGUGGUUGAACGAGGGCUUCGCUAAUUACUUCCAGGAUUAUAUCACUGCAAUGAUAGAACCUGACGUAGCAGCAGAGGAUCAGCUUAUCAUAGGUUCAGUGUACACAGCUCUAGAUGCUGAUGACGUUCCCGAUUCACCACCGAUCACCAAUAAUAAUGUUAACUCGCCCGACGAAAUCAGUGGUCAUUUCGGAUCUAUCACAUAUCAAAAAGCAGGAUCCGUUAUUAGAAUGAUACACCAUUUGAUAGGGGAUAAUGCUUUCAAAUCUGGUCUCAAUGCAUAUUUAAUGGCUAACUCCUUCCAACCAGGCUACCCUGAGAAACUCUACACGGCUCUAAGUCAAGGAGUCAAUGUGUAUAACUCCUUGUCCAGUUACCCUGGGAACGAUAUUACUGACCUCAUGAGCUCCUGGAUCAGCCGUGCUGGUUAUCCUUUAGUGCAUGUGGAAGUCAAUCAUGCUGAUUCGACUGUUAUUUUAACUCAGAAACGUUUCUACAGACAUUCCACGGAUAAAUCAGAUGAAAUUUACAAAAUACCUAUUACAUAUACAUUAGACACGUCUUUUGACUUUACUAAUACUAAGCCUGCGUUCAUUAUGACUAACAAAACGUACGUGCUACCUGUAAGAGAAAUCAAAGAAAACCAUAGUUGGCCAAUACUGAACAUUCAAGAGACAGGUCUUUAUAGAGUAAAUUACGACAGUCACACUUGGCAUCACAUAUCUGAACACCUGAAAGGCAGUCGCCGUGAAGAAAUUCAUUAUAUAAAUAGAGCUAAGAUCGUGAAUGACUUGUUUGCCUUCCUAUUCGCGGACGAGGUGAAGUUCGAGCUUCUGCAUGACGUACUACACUUCUUGGAAGACGAAACUGAAAACGCAGUUUGGUACGCAGCGGUACGUGGAUUCAAGAAGCUUAGGAGUCAUUACCUUGGAUCUGAUACUUUAAGCCUCAUUGAUGAGUUCAUUCUUCAUUUAAUGGAAAGCAGUGCAACCCGAUUGGGCUUCGAAGUAAAGUCCACAGAUGAUUACAGAACACAUAGAAAUCGCAUGCAAAUAUUAGAUCUCGCUUGCAAGUUGGGACACCAGGGAUGCAUAGAUGGCGCUUUAGCUGUUUACAAAGAUUUUAAAAAUAACGGCAAAUGGAUUGAUCCCAGUCUCAGAGAAGUGGCCUAUUGCACUGGACUUCGUUAUGGUAAUGGUGAUGACUACGACUUUCUUUGGAACCGGAUGUUCACUACAAAUGUUGCUAACGAGGCACGUCUUAUUGGGGAUAUCUUGGGUUGUACUUCAGACGAAACCAAAUUGAACAGUUUCUUAGGGUCUAUGCUUGUUGAAAACAGCCCAAUAAAAAUUCAAGACCUUACCGUGCCACUAUCGAGUGUUCUUUCCAACUACAGCAAUGUCCAUGUUGUUCUCGAAGGAUUGCAGCAGAACAUUAGCCUCUGGAAGUCUAUUUACACAUCAUUAGAUUCCGUACUGUCUACAGUUGCCUCGGUUCUGCGUACUGAUGAUGAAUUCAAUCAAUUUGAAACCUGGCUUUCCUCGUGCACUGAAUGUGGUGAGUCUGCAGUGACUGGCGCAAGGUCAGCCUUAGCCAAGGCCAAGCUGACGGCCCAGUGGGCCAAGGACCACCGGAGUGACAUUUGGAGCAGUCUCCGAAGCGGUGCGGGAAUACCAUCUGUGUCAUUCUUGCUACUACUCGCGGGAUAUGCUUUGACUUACGGAUUUUGAUAGAACCUGAAAUGUUAUGAAAGCAGAAAAUAUAAAAAAAAUCCGUAAUAAUCGUGUUCAUAAGUGGUCCAUCAAAUCUAAGGUAGCACUAGUGCGGGCACCGUAGUCAAUGAGUAUAUGACCACCUAAAACAACGUAGUGUUUAUAUCUUCAUUGACUAUUAUUGGUUGUAUAUGUUUUUUGAAUUUGAAUGUACGUAUACUAAUAUUAUAAAUGCGAAAGUGGUGGUUCGUUUGUUUCUAAUCUAUUUUCGACUCAACUAAAAUACGCACGAGAUGUACUUACAUCAAUCUAAGAAUUUUGACCGCGAGAUUUUUAAAAAUCAGACGAAAUCGCGGGCAACAGCUGAUUUAGUAUACCUACACUUUAAUUCCCAUUUUUAAAGUAACAAUUUAAGCAGAAAGUUCCAUCGUACUAUGAUCCAAAAAUAAAUAUACUAGGUUCAUUGUUCAGAGAUAUGAAAGUAACUAAUGUCGUAAUUAUUUUUGACCUAAUUUUCUUUAGCUAAUAAGAAAACAGAUGUGUCAACUUUACUAGUAAAGUCAAUAUUUAUUGUAUUAUUUAGUGCAUUGUAAUGUGACGUAACGUUUCGAAUAUAUUUUGUAAAAUAAUUGUAAGAAAUUUAAAGAGAUCCCACUCCACUGAAGUAUUCUAGAUUGUAAAUAAUAGAUAUGAAA